GCGGAUGGUCGUCUAUUAAUCCCGCACUGCAGCUACUCCUUUAAAAACCGCAGCGUCUUCACUCCUGGACCUCCUAUGAAAGCCAGCUGGACCCCCGCAGGUCUCUCAUUAGAGUCACCGGAGAGCCUCCCCUCCAAGAUGAACACACACUCCACAACAGCCAUGUCUAAAGGAGCUCCUCUGCAUCCUUCAAUCUCCACUUGAAGUUGCAUUGAUUUCCAACUGGGAGUACUUUUACUACUACCACUGUACUACUACUACUACUACUUAUUCUGCAUCCGGUUCUGCUCCGGUUCUGCCAGGAUGGCUGGCUGUGCCAAGCGCUGCAAACGAGCCGUCGUCAAGUUUGUCGUGUCCGUGCACAAACUGCUCACUGGCACCCUCAUAAAAGACAAAGCUGACGAUGACCUGGAGAUGACCAUGGUGUGCCAUCGACCGGAGGGCCUUCACCAGCUGGAGGCUCUGACCAACUUUAGUAAACAAGAACUCCAAGUGCUCUACAGGGGCUUCAAGAACGAGUGUCCAAGUGGAAUCGUCAGCGAAGAAACCUUCAAGCAGAUCUACUCCCAGUUCUUUCCUCACGGAGACGCCAGCGCCUACGCACAUUACUUGUUUAACGCCUUCGACUCGGCGCAGACAGGAUCCAUAAAGUUUGAGGACUUUGUGACGGCUCUGUCCAUCCUGCUGAGAGGGUCCAUCACAGAGAAGCUCCAGUGGACCUUUAACCUCUACGACAUCAACCGAGACGGGUACAUCAAUAAAGAGGAGAUGACAGACAUCGUCCGGGCCAUUUAUGACAUGAUGGGGAAGUACACUUACCCCGUCUUGAGAACGGACGCACACAAGCAGCAUGUUGAUGCUUUCUUUCAGAAAAUGGACAAAAACAGAGACGGCGUGGUCACCCUGGAUGAAUUCAUCCUCUCUUGUCAAGAGGAUGACAACAUCAUGCGGUCCCUCCAACUCUUCGAAAAUGUCAUCUAGACAACAACCCGCCGGAGGAAAAGACAACAAAGACGUGACUUGGCUGGAAACUUUCCCGGGGGGGUAUUUAGGCUAAAAGAGGGCGAGAGCAAAGCUGCGUCCUAAACGCCUCUCUGGGACCUCCCCUCCGUGUUCAGUGUGUAAAUAUAUACUUUUACUUUGGUAACAUUGUGACAAAACACGAGCAAUAUCCCGUAACGCAUGCAAGAGGAAAGGUCCGCUUGGAAUACGUGCGCCGUGACGCAGGCAGCAAUAUACCCAGGGGGUUAAAGGUCACCCUGCAAUGUUGUCAAAAAGUGUUCCACCGCUGUCAAUGUCGUGACAAAUGUUGGAUAUUUAAAUAGUUAUUUGUCGCUUCUUUUUUCCCUUCUCUGUGUCUUUGUACUUGGAAUUAAUGUAGCUGCAUUUACUGUUUGUUGAUGUUUGGGGGACUGACACGUUUAUGUCGUGCAUGUGUGUGUCCCAUAAUGUGAACUUUCUGUUGGACUGACUAUGAAAAAAAACAACAACAAAAAAACGUCACGUGACCAUGCACGUCUUCUCACGCUAGAGCAGACCUGGGCUAAUUAAGCUUUUCAAUCUGGCCCGCCGGACAUUCCCUAAUCAUUUUUUUUUAGAUCUUUAAGAUGGAACCUGUAGCCGCCAUAAUGAAGUGUAUUUCUGGUAUUGUCACCCCCUCCCGGGCAGGAGGGCAACACGGCAGUGCAGCUGGAUCAAAAGAGACUGUCAGGUUCAAACACAGAACUAUCUAUUAAACGAGACAAGAAGCAAGGAAUCAGGCAGACUCAGAGUUAAAUUUUGCUCAUGAGGAGUACGCAUGGAGCUGCACACUCAGUCACAGCCUCACCCUACGCUCUAAGGCAUACUUGCCAACCCACCCGAAUUUUCCGGGAGGCUCCCAAAUUUCAGUGCCUCUCUCGAAAAUCUCACGGGACAACAAUUCUCCCGAAUUUCUCCCGAUUUCCAGCCGGACUUAAGGCACGCCCCCUCCAGGUCCGUGCGGACCUGAGUGAGGACAGCCUGUCGUCACAUCCGCUUGGCCAACCAAGUACGCACAAUACGUGACUGAAUGUGCUGGGGGCCUUGUGAUUGCCUUGCCUCUGCUUUGUCUACCUUAUCUUCCUUGAGGUACUUGAAGUCCUCGGCUAAGACAAAGAUAGCAUCCGCGGCGAGGCCACCCCUCAUAUGCCGUGAAAGAUUACGAGUUGUGUGCCUUUGCACAGAUAGAAAAGUACAACUUGAGCAUAAUAGAUAACUAUUGCAACGGCCUUUAAGCAUAAGAGUUGUGUGAUAACUUAUACAUAAUUAUUCUAACAGAGACGUCGGAGACGCUUUGCUGAACAAAAAGUGGCUUCUUUUUUUUUUUUUUUACCAGCGAGUGUCAUUAAACAGGUCUGCAGUACCCGGAGGAACUCCGGUCAAAAAAUGGAAAACUCCUAUCUGGAGAAGCCAAACCAUCAGUUUUGUUAUUACUCUUUUCUGUCUCUGGGUGUGUGUGCUAAGUCAGGAGAGCGCAUCCUGACCAUAAAAGGAGAUGUUCGGGUGUAAGUGUCUGGAAAACAACUGCUUAAUAAGGCCCAAGCUGUUUGUUUACAUGCUUUUUUAUUUCUCUUUGCUAUUUGGGCUUAUUGGACCCUAAUUAGAAUAAAAACUAAGAAUCAUCUUUUGAUAGGAUGUACUUAAGUCCAUAAGUACACAAACUUCAUGUUUAGUGACAUGCUAAUUCUUAUUUUUACACUUUUUUUUUCAAAUUCCAUUGUGUAUGUUAUACUCUUCUGACACCACCAGAUGGCAGUGUAAGUGUCCACAUAAGCGGCCAUUUCAGUAGUGUACACAAUUUUGGAAAUAAGAGCUAAAAGGUGCUGUCCACGCACGUGGCCAACAAAGCCUUUAGAAGUCAUAACUCAAAUGUUGGCGUUGAGCUAGACAGGUAGUCUUUUCUCAAGGAUAGGGUUAUCACUUUGGCAUUCCGGAGUCCCAAUCAGAGCCUCUUUUCCAACGAGAAGUGACCCAAAUCCACCUGGGAAUAUCAAACUAAGGGGUCUUAUCUAUCUAUGUGCUCAAACUGAAGUACCACUAUUUAAUUCAACUUGGUGGUUUGCUUUCUCCAAGAUGAAUAUAAACAUUUACCAUUUGUGGAACAUAAUAUGAGUUAAUUAAUUCACUUCAAUGUGCAGAGAUGUUUUCUAAUGAUCGUAAGUCUUCAACCAUUUCAAUGGUUGGAAUCUGCACUUUUGCAUGAUGUACUAGUUACCAUGGUAAUCUAAUGAGUUACUAUGGUAAUGUAAGUCACCGCAGCUCGGACGAGGCACCAAGCAGUGUGGGUGGGGAGUGUUUCCACAGAGUGUUUCCAGAGCCUGAAAUGCGGGUGUCAGGGACAGACGCGGAAGGAGAUUUUUACAACAAAGUUCUAAAGUUUAGUCAUUAGAUAUAUCAGAUAGUAAGUGGUUUUGUUUACCUUUUGCGUUCAUAUUUUGCUGUGUUUGUUGCAUUUUUGUUGCGUUUGGCUUGAUUGUAAAAUAUGUGGAUGGAGAGGGGGGGGGGGGGGUGACAUUCAUUUGUUGUCAAUAUUCAGUGUUUUAUCAUUCAUAGUUAAUAUUGUAAAUCCCACUUUCUUUAUUUUCAUGGACAUUCUGGGUGUCUCAUUCGGUAAAAAAAUGUCAAAUUCCAUUCUGUUUUUAGCAUUUAAUCAGAAACUAUUAUGAGGUUUUGUAUUAAUGUUCCUAAAAAUAGAUAUACCGGCCCCCAGACACAUUUUUUUCUCUAAAUUUGUCCCCCCGAGUCAAAAUAAUUGCCCAGGCCUGCGCUAGAGAAACUCGUCACACCAUUUGACCUGAACUUUCACUGUGAGGGAGCCACCACUGAGUGGGGUGUGACAUUUUGAAGGCAUUUCAAUAAAGAGGAUUUUUGCAAAGUGUGGCUCAGUGGGACUCAACUUAAAAGGAAUUGGUUAUUUGUUCAUUUAAGUAUGAAAUUAGCUUAGCGGGUUUAGGAAUAUGUUUUCUUUAUUUUACUCAAGCUGCCACUGCACCUCCCUUCAGGGCUUCUGGCGUCACUUUGAUAACUUAAUUACAAUACGAAAAGUGGACGUGGUUAGCUGGAAUGCGUAAAAUAUUAACAUUUUCAUUUUCCGCCAUUUUUAAAAACAUGGUUUUCUAUUAAUUCCGCUGAUUUUGGUAGAAAAACAAAAUGGUCACGAGUGCACACAGAAACAUCCAAACAUGGAAGCACAGACUGAUGAGGCAGCGGAAAACUGUCCGAAUAAACUCGUGUGUGUUUUGAAUUGUUGUAUAAAAAUUAAUAUAUUUAUCAAUAAACUUUUUUCAAGAAA